AUGCCAGGGGCAUCUUCGAAUGGAGCAAAAUAUUGCUCCCUUCAUGAUGCGGUGAGAAAUUCUGAUGUUGUGCAGCUUGAAUUGAUGGUAAAAAAUGGUGUCAGCAUCAACGAGGUAGACCCUAAACAUAAAUUUACUCCUCUCCAUACGGCCUGUAAUGUUGGCGCUUUGGAGUGUGUGCAUUGGUUGUUGUGGCAUGAUGCCGAUCCAACUGUAACAACACCACAUGGUUGGACCCCAGCUCAUAUAGCAGCCAUCAAGGGUUUUGAAAAUUGCAUGGAGGCCCUUGCAAACAGUGGAAUCAAUCUUUCAGCAAAAGAUGCUCGAGGCCAAACACCCCUUCAUUUGGCUGCAGCUCACGGACAUUCAUUUUGUCUUAGCACUAUUCUCAGAUCAGGGGUGGAUGUGUCUUGCAAGGACAAUUUAGGCUGGUCUGCAGUGCAUACAGCUGCCUACCAUGGAAGGCUAGGCUGUAUCCAGUUUUUGUUGAAGUGGGGAGGCUUGCCCAAUGAAGAAGAUAAGAAUGGAAACACUCCAGGUAAGAUCCUCUCACGAAAUGAUCAUGGUGAAACACCGAAAGACCUGGCACAAAGGUUUUACAAAGACAACAUCUUAGAAUACAUUUCACACAUAGAGUAUGAAGAAGAUCACCCAGAAAAGGAAGAAAAUCUCUCCUUCCCGGCUCAUAUGGCUGCAUACAAUGGUGACCUGGAAUAUUUAAGGACGCUGGUAGAAAACGGUGUGGUGAACAUUAAUGAACGAGAUGACAAAGGUUCUACACUUGUUCAUAAAGCUGCUGGUCAAGGUCAUGUCCAUGUUCUCCAGUGGCUGAUUGAGAUGGGAGCCAACACAUACAUCACUAACGAGGCUGGGGAGACAGCUCGAGAUGUGGCUAGCAGAUUUGCCCAGUUGGCCUGUGUCAAACUGUUGAGUGGCUCUGGACCUGAAGACACAGAAGUAACAGAGUCUGAAUCUGAAAGUGAAGAGGAAGAGAGCCGUGGAAGCAGUCGAAGAAACAGACGAUCAAAGAAGUCAGAGGAUAAUGCCAGAAGCCGUGCCAAGGUCAAGAUGGAAGAACUUCAGAGACUGUUAGAUGUGGCCAGGAAAAAUUACAUUCAGCUGGGAGGAUGUGUUGAGGAGGACAGGAAGAGACUCAAAGAACUUAGAGAGAAAGAUCAAACCAUACAUGAACUGGAGGCUCAGCUGGACUAUGAGAAGCUGAAGAGAGAGAAACUUGAGGCACAACUGGACGAGUACAGGCGGGAGAUUGGCCAUCUGAAUGCUGUCAUUGAGGACAUGCAGGCUGACAUGAAUAUUGAAGAGCCUGAAAAAGCAACCGAAAUUAAAAAGAAGAAAAAGCUGGCCAAGAAAAAGGUCUACGGUGAUGGAGGAUUUUUUGUCAGACGUAACUUUUCAGCCCCAGCCAAUGAGAAUCAGUAUAUCAAAAUUGCUUAA